ACCAGGAGGACUGCAUUGUAAAGACUCUGAGAACAUAAACAGCCAUGAACUGCAGCGAGAGCCAGCGGCUGCGAACCCUCCUGAGCCGCCUACUGCUCGAGCUGCACCACCGGGGCAAUGCCAGUGGCCUGGGCGCCGGCCCCGGCCCGAGCAUGGGCAUGGGGGUCGUGCCUGACCCCUUCGUGGGCCGCGAGGUGACCAGUGCCAAGGGCGACGACGCCUAUCUCUACAUCCUGCUUAUCAUGAUCUUCUACGCCUGCCUGGCCGGAGGCCUCAUCCUGGCCUACACCCGCUCUCGCAAGCUCGUCGAGGCCAAGGACUACCCGUCCCAGUCCUGCGCUGAGCACCAGUGGGCCACGGGCGGCGCCCUGGCCGCCGACGCCGAGACGGCCACCAGCUCGCUGGCUGAGGGCCGCCACCAGUUCACUCCCGGGGGGCUGCCCGCCCUCACCCAGGGCACCGAGGGGGUCUAAAACCACAUCCUCAGCUCGCUUGUACCCUCCUCAUCUCGCUUAUCCUGGGUGCGGCCCCGGCUUUUCCUUUCCUUUCCUUCCAGGGUUAGCCUCACCUGCGGCCCAGACAGUGAUGAGAGGCCAGGAGACCUACCCACUCCCGGCCAGUUUCCCCCUUGUCUCCCUCCUCUCCCCUACCCCUCCACUCCACGCCCCCCUCCUGCCCCCAUCCCGCACUUCCAAAUGCACUAAACUGCCUCUGCUCAAUUGUCUUCAGACAGCCCUGUCACCACGCUCCAGCCCUCUGUGUGAACUGAAUCCAACACGUCCAACAUUUGGCACUGAACUGAAGCAGUGAAGUCUAUCAGAACGCUCGGCGGUCUAACUGGCAGCUGCUCCAGGGGUUGCCAGGGACUGCUCACUCUGCAGAGACAAUGAACUUGCCACCACUGCCAGGCUGGCUGCAGCAGCUCCAGCUUCCUGUUGCCUUAGGGACAGAGACAAAGAACAUGAAGAGACCUCAGACAUUAUUUCCCUCCCUCUCUCUUUCAGCAGGGAGCUAGCAGAACACUGGGACCAGUCUGUGGAACAGAAUGGACUUAAUGGGGAAUGCAGUGGGAGGGGGGCACAAAAGGGAGGGGAAGACCUAUGACCCCAGCUGUAUGCUUUUCUUGAAUCUAGUUGUCACCCAAAGGUAACUUGCGUGAUUUUUAGUAGCUUUGCCAUCCAUCUUUUGCCAUGGGUAACAAUUGCUGGGUGUUAUCACCCUAAUACCUCCAAAUGCCUCUCCUAUAUUGAUUCAGCUGUUAUGGCAGCUGUCUGCUUCAUCUAUGGAACACGAAGCUCAGA